AUGUUUCGUCCUUUCUCUUCUUCCCUUCGUUCCAUUCACACUUUCCACACUUCUCCCCGACUGCUCAUCCAGCGAGCCUAUCCACAUUCUUUGCCCGGUUCCCCGAAGCCUCACCUCCGCGCCCAUUCAACAGAAACAACCCAGGUCGUUCCUCCACCUUCACCCACUCCAGCCAAGCCCUCGCGUUUCCGUCGCUUCGCCGGCUUCACCACAAUCGCAGUUUUCGCAUUUACAUUCGGCGUCAUCUACCAAACCCAACGCACCGUAUCGCGCCUCAUGUCCGUCACAAUCCCCACCAACGAGGAGACUCUCUCCCUCUACACCCCGGAGGACGCGACAGCGGAGGAAAUCGAGACCACUCUCCGCACCCACCCCGUCGCCGAGUCCCUACGCGCUAACCCGGAAUUCACCGAGGCGCGCCCACACCUCAAGAUCCCCGAGGCCCUGCGCGCCCGCAGCCUGACCGGCGGCACCCUACGCGGACCGAACAAGAUCGUCGUGCCACCCCUGGUCUUCAGCGAGCGCGAUGGCAAGAGCAUGGUCUCGUUGAUGUACCUCGGCUCCGAUGUCUGCGGGCACCCGGGUAUUGUGCACGGCGGUCUGCUCGCGACGAUUUUGGACGAGGGACUGGCGAAUUGCUGUUUCCCCGCUUUGCCUAACAAGGUGGCUGUUACGGCCAAUUUGAACAUUGAUUACCGGGCUCCGGCUAUGGCGAAUAACUAUGUUGCUCUCCGGGCAGAGACUGUCAAGGUUGAGGGCCGCAAGGCUUGGGUUGAGGGUCGCAUUGAGACUCUUCCCAGCGAUGGCAAGGAUCCUAUUGUGUUGGUUGAAGCCAAGGCUUUCAACAUCACCUUCCACGCCAGCGCCCUCACCCGCAAUGAGCGCACCGAGCUGCGCAAGCAGAAAGGCCUCACAAUCUGGCUGACUGGCCUCUCCGCCUCAGGCAAGUCCACCCUGGCCGUGGAACUCGAGCAUCAGCUCGUCCGCGACCACGGCGUGCACGCCUACCGUCUGGACGGUGACAACAUCCGCUUCGGACUGAACAAGGACCUGGGCUUCAGCGAAGCAGACCGCAACGAGAACAUCCGCCGCAUUGCCGAGGUGGCCAAGCUGUUCGCCGACUCCAACUCCAUCGCCAUCACCUCGUUCAUCUCGCCCUACCGCAAAGACCGUGACACUGCCCGUCAGCUGCACGAGGUCGCCACUCCCGGCGAGGAGACCGGCUUGCCUUUCGUUGAGGUCUACGUGGAUGUGCCUGUCGAGGUUGCUGAGCAGCGGGAUCCUAAGGGUCUUUACAAGAAGGCCCGUGAGGGUGUCAUCAAGGAGUUCACUGGUAUCUCGGCUCCUUAUGAGGCUCCUGCCAACCCUGAGGUUCACGUCAAGAACUAUGAGCUUCCCGUCCAGGACGCUGUGAAGCAGAUUAUUGAUUACCUUGUCUCCAAGGAUUAUCUGCCCAAGAAGAACUAA